AUGAAGCUGAUCAUCAAACUCCUCUAUAGUUCUCUUCUCUUGUUUCUCCUGCUCUCGCUUUUCAUCUCAGAUGGUGUUUACACCGUGUAUUCAUCAAGAAAUGUGCUGCUUCAGACCGAAAAAUUUCGAUGUCCAAUUGACUUUCAGAAUCUGAACUACAAGAUCAUAAGAAGCCGAUGCAAAGGUCCCCUCUACCCACCCCAAAAAUGUUGUCUUGCCUUCAAGAAGCUUGCAUGUCCGUACAGCGGAUACCUUAACGACGAGGGCACUGAUUGUCUGACCCUUCUGUUCAGCGACAUCAAACUCUAUGGUGGAUACUACCCGGUGGGAUUGUUUGAAAACAUCUGCCUACAAGGCAGGCAACAUAUCGAUUGCCCAUAA